AUGGAGGAGUCUCCGGGAGGCCGAUCCCCAGCCUUUUCGGGGGAGGAGGACGCGGAAAAUCGCAGAGUGUCUUCGGGGAGCCUGGUCCUCCCCAGCUGUCCUCGGGGGCCGGGGGACCCCGCAAAGUCUCUUCAGGGGAGCCCGGACCCCGCCGAGUCACCGCGGGGAGGGGGCAGCGACCCCCGCCAGAGCCCCGGGCGCGGGGGGGCGGCCAGGCGGGGAGGGACCGGCUCAGCUGCGAGGCCGUGCGGGGGGAAAAAAAAGGCGGAGGGGGGGGGCGAAUAUAAAAAACGAUCGUCUUCGGCCGGAGCGGUCUGUCCUGGGGGGGCGGGGGAGCCCCGAGAGCGCUCGCUCUCCUCAGGUGCGGGUCCCCGCGGGGGCGGUGGGCGCAGGGCCCCCUCCCCGAGGCUCCUGGGCAGGGCGGGGAGGCGGCGGCCGAGCCCCGGGCUCUGCUCAGCCCGAAGGGGUCGGAGCCCCGCAAUUCCCGGCGCCGCCGACACACAGGGACGCGGCGGCCGCCGCCGCUGCUGCUGCUGCCGCUGGCGGAGUCGGUGCCGCGAAGCCCCCGCCGGCGCGUCGCCUCCCCUCAGCGGUGCCUCUGUCGGCGGCUGCCCGGCCGCGGCAUCCUGUGGCGGCGGGAGCCUCAGCGCGGGUCCCCCAUGGCCGGAGCGGGAGCGGAUCCGGCUCCCGGCACAGCUCAGUGUCUGGAAGAGAGGAUUAGUGUCUAGCACUGGGUUUCGUGUGGCUGCACCUCCCAGUUUUGAGGACCUCAGCUCACUUCUCUACAUAAUGCAUUUUGGGAUCUGGUUCAUCAGUCCUGGCAUGUUCAUCACAAUAAAUCCUUCUGUAGGAUCCCAGCACAAGUGCAGAACAUCAUUUGUCCAGUGAACCUAAACACAGGAUAAGGAGCUGAUAUAAUAUCCACAAAAGAGGGAAGAGACCUAUCACAUCAUCUGGGGAAUUUGGAACUCAAACUCUUCCUGGCUCAGAACCUUGAAGCUUUCCCAGCACCUGAGAACAGCAAGACACAAUGGAGAACAAUCACAUCCAUGUCUGGUGAAUUCUGCACCUGAGACACUGCUUGCCCUUGGUACUCUUUGGGAAAAAAAAAAGCCUCCUGGAAAACAGAGAGGAGGCAGAUUUAAAAAAGAAUUGAGGAAAAAAUGCUGUUGAAAAUGUGCUUUGUUUUGUAGAUAGGUUCUUAUAGAGUUCUCAUCUCUGCAACUUCCAGAAGUGCAUUAAGCUGCAUAAUUAGCAUCUGUCACAUGAAGCUUUUUCCUUCCCUCUUCCUCUCCCUAGAGGGAACCUGCAUAAAGAAAUUUUAAUAUAAAUUUUAGUAUCUACUCUGCACAGUGCAAUCAUAUUAGGAAAGCUACAGGCAAGGCAGUUUGUACUCAGUCUAAGGCUUAUCUUUGUGUAAUA